AUGGGCAACAUGGCCAACGCGGCAAUACAACACACCAUGCCGCCCCGGCUCUCCUUGAGGGUGGCACUCCCCCGACCAUCGGUCAACUUCGCCAAGCAGGCAGCACCGCGCCGCCUUGUCCUCCCGCUCACCGCCCGGCGCGGCAUCCAGUACGGCUGGUCGACGGCACCACCGCGAUCGCACCACCGGCGCUUCAACCAGCCCAAUGCCGGGCUGCCCGCGCCGACGACGGGUCCCGCGGCGGCCCUGAAGCGCCGAGAAAACACGACGCCCCUCCGAACGGGCGUCCUCGCCACCAAGAAGGGCAUGACCAGCAUGUUCGUGGGCAGGACGCGCGUGCCCUGCACGGUCCUGCAGCUCGACCAGGUGCAGGUCGUGGCGAACAAGACGAGAGAGAAGCACGGGUACUGGGCGGUCCAGGUCGGCGCCGGGUCACGCCCGCCCAGGAACGUGACGAGCCCGAUGCUGGGAUACUACGAGGCAAAGGGCAUGGCGCCCAAGAGCGAGCUGGCCGAGUUCGCGGUGCGCGGCCGGGACGGCCUCCUGCCCGUCGGGUCCCAGCUGCUGCCGGACUGGUUCCAGACCGGGCAGGACGUCGACGUGCGCGCCAAGUCGCGCGGCAUGGGGUUCGCGGGCGGCAUGAAGCGCCACGGGUUCGCGGGCCAGGAGGCGUCGCACGGCAACUCCAAGAACCACCGGACGAUCGGCACGACGGGCCCCUCGCAGGGGAGCGGCAGCCGCGUCCUGCCGGGCAAGAAGAUGCCCGGGCGGAUGGGCAACGAGUGGGUGACGGUGCAGAACCUCAAGGUGAUGCGGGUCGACAACGAGCUGGGCGUGGUCCUCGUCAGCGGUGCCGUGCCGGGUCCCAAGGGCCGCACGGUGAGGCUGCAGGACUCCAAGAAGCGCAGGGCCCCGGCGCUGCCGUACCGCCAGAGGGUCCUGAGGGAGAUGCUGGACAGGCACCCCGACGGGGAGGCACGGCUGGAGGCCGCCCGACAGAGGCACUUGGAGAUGAAGGAGCGGCGACGGGCGGAGAGUCAGUGA